AUGGCAUCCAGUCGUCCUCCUUUACCUACCUAUUCCCAUUUAAUCACCCCAGCUCGUCGUACGAAUACAUUCCAAGGUGGACAACGGCCUUCGAACAUAAUUAAACCAGCAUCAUCAACAAUGUCGUUAAACGCACCUGAAACACCUUUGAAUAAGACACAUUUGUAUUCUCCUAAUGUUAAUCGACAAUCGCCUUCGAUAUCUAAUGAUCAUCUGCUCAAAUAUGAUAUUCGACGACUACGCGCUAGUCUCGAACGUAAAGAAGAGCAAAUCAGUUGGUGGAUGGAGAAAUCUAUUAGUGAUAAUGAAAAAUUCGAAGCGUUAAAAUCGAGAUUGGAACAGACAAAUAAUCAGUACGAUAUGACAUUACAAUAUGUUCGAUCAACGCUUGACGGUUUGACUUGCAUGAAUCGAUCGAUUCAUGUUAUUUUUAUGCAAGAAGAUAAAGAAAACAAACAACUCGAGUAUGAUCAAGAAGAACUGAUUGAAGAACACUUCGACGAGCAUAUUCCAUUUGUUCUUUUAUCACGUUUGAAUAAUGUUUGUUUGAAAUUAGCGAAAAAUAUCGAAUUGCUUCUUCGUACACCUUUAUCGACGGGUGUAUCAACAACCCUGAAAUCCUCGCAUCCCGUUCAACGACAGGAAUCAAAUGCAUCAUCCAUAUCGAAACAAUCCACCGAAGACAUAAAUGAUACAACAAGCAAUGUUUACGAUGAUAUUAUCGAUAAAUUAAACAACGAAAUUGCUCUAUUGAAAACGCGUCUUGCUGAAGAAGAACAUCGAACAAAAAAACUCGAUGAUGAACUAGUUCAAUGUAAAUCUGCUCAGCUCACAGCAAAGAUAACAUUCGAUACUCAGGAAAAGAAACUUCAAGAUCAAUUGCUUGUGAAAGAUAAACAACUUCUAUCGAUUGCAACCAACGAGCAUGACGUUCUACGGCAGUUGUUAGAUGAAAAACAUCUUUCCUUCGAACGUCUCAACGAAGAAUACACGUCACUAAUGACGAAAUAUCAAAGUGAAUACAAUCGAAAUGUGGAUUGCAUGAUCAAGAUGGAUGCAUUACACGAACAUAUUCGUUUACUGAGUGAAACCUUAGCAGAAAAAGAAAUCAACGAAGAGAAGCUGACUACGCAACAACAGCAAAUGAAAAAGCUCAUGACGUUACUCGUGCCUGCAACAGCAACAUUGUCAGUGAACAAAAAAACUUAUGAGAAAAAGACAUUCGGUCGGAAAGUUAAGCGACAUCUUCGUGAAUCAUUUUCUUCGCUUGUCAAUCACAAACCUACGUGA